AGGAAGGCGCCCAGCAAAGCCAUGAUAUUUCCUUGGAAAUGUCAGCGCUCUCAGAGCUGUGGAAACAUGUUCAAGUUGUGGACCUGGAUAGUACUCUGCUGUGAUUUCAUGGUACACCAUGGAACCGACUGCUGGACCUAUCAUUAUUCUGAAAAUCCCAUGAACUGGUCAAAGGCUAGAAAGUUCUGCCAAGACUAUUACACGGAUUUAGUUGCCAUACAAAACAAGCAGGAAAUCGAGUACUUGGAGAAUACGCUUCCUGCCAGACGUACUUACUACUGGAUAGGAAUCCGGAAGGUAGCGGGAAUAUGGACUUGGGUGGGAACCAAUAAGUCUCUCACUGAAGAAGCAGAGAACUGGGGACAUGGGGAACCGAACAACAAGAAAACCAAGGAGGACUGUGUGGAGAUCUAUAUCAAGAGGGCCAAAGAUGCCGGAAAGUGGAACGAUGACUCUUGCAACAAGCCAAAGACAGCCCUCUGUUACACAGCUUCUUGCCAGCCCUGGUCAUGCAGUGGUCAUGGGGAGUGUGUGGAAGUCAUCAAUGAUUACACCUGCAACUGUGAUGUGGGGUAUUACGGGGCCCAGUGUCAAUUUGUGUUUCAGUGUAUGCCUUUGGAGGCUCCAGAGCUUGGCACCAUAACCUGUACUCACCCUUUGGGAAACUUCAGCUUCAGCUCGCAGUGUAUCUUCAGUUGCUCUGAGGGAACCGACCUAAUUGGGAUUGAAGAAACCACUUGUGGACCACUUGGAAACUGGUCAUCUGUAGAACCGUUCUGUCAAGUGAUUCAAUGUGAGCCAUUAACAGCACCUGAUUUGGGGACCAUCGCCUGUAGUCACACCCUGGCAGACUUCAGUUUUGCCUCCAUGUGUGCCUUCAGCUGCUUAGAGGGAACAGAAUUAAUUGGGGAGAAGAAUACUAUUUGUGGAGCAUCUGGAAACUGGUCCAACCCUAGUCCAAUAUGUCGAAAAGUGGACAGGAGUUUCUCAAUGAUCAAGGAGGGCGAUUACAACCCCCUCUUUAUUCCUGUGGCAGUCAUGGUUACUGCAUUCUCUGGAUUGGCAUUUAUCAUCUGGCUGGCAAGGAGGUUAAAAAAAGGUAUGUGAGUUUAACUUCAUCUGAAAAGAA